UUUGGUGUACGCGGACAAUAAAAGUGCGCUUAUUGUUUAUUUUUUUAAAAAGGCAAUUUACGUUUGAUUAUCUAUCGCAUCUUAGCCACGGUUUUAGCCAACAUGGCGCGCAAAAGAGCCAAAAUGGAAGACCCGGACAUGGAAUCAAGCAUCAAUUAUAAAUUUGCGUGUCGAUGUUGUCUCAAAUCUGAAGCGGAAUUCUUCAAACUAGACGCACUAACUGACGUUGGAAGCAAUGAUGAUACCACAACAAAAAUACCUCUAAUACGUUUGCUACUCUUCUGCAUGCGCACUGAAAAUCUGCCAGAACUGCCUCAAUAUAUAUGUAUUGAGUGCAGCAAGAGCUUGCAAAUUGCAUAUUAUUUUAUACAAAACGGACUGCGUGCACACGAAAUAUUGUGUAGCAAGCUGUGCCCAGCAAAAUCGAAAGGCUUCGCGCGUCUCAAUGGCCAGCAACAACAACACCAGUUGCUUAAGGAAAGCGAUUUAAAUGAUGCGUCACUGGGCAAACAGACGCCAGAGGCACGCCAUGAAUGUAAAAUAUGCGGCGCUACUAUACACAAUCGUCUGGAACUCAAGCAACAUAUAAGAAUGCAUACGGAAAAUACGGGUCACAGGUGCAAGCUUUGUAAGUUUGUGACUCUAAGGCCACGCCAAUUGUCUGAUCAUUAUCGCAAGGCGCACAAUUUGACAACAGCUCAAAUUGAGCAUCAGCUUAAAAUGCGUUCAUUGCAAGCAGCGACGGCAGUGCUGAAAGAUACAGCAGCCACUGCCACGCCGGCAACGGAGGAUGGUCAGGUAAAAGUGUGUACAUUGGAGGAUAUGGAAAUGUUAAUACCUACAGUGCUGACGCCAGAAGACUUUUCACGUCCACAGCUGGAUGAUGAACUUCUUCAUGAUAUUGAGAAUCAGGUUACAGCUGCAAUACCUACCAGACAAUCAUCAAGCGCUAGCAUUUCGCCAACAGAUGCCAACAGUGCAAAUGUUAGCAUAGGCGCUGAAUUUUUAGUUAUGUCUGAUGGUUCCCUGCAGCAAGUGAAUGAUGCUGGUGUUGUUUUCGAAUAUAUUGAUAACAGCAAAUCUAACAGUAGCAGCAAUAUAAGUUUGCAAAAUCUAUUAAGUGAUCCCAAAUCCCCCAAAUCAAUCAACUAUGUGCCCAUGGACACAGGAAUGAGCGAUAUAAAUGUGGGAAAGCCGCUGCCCAAAAUAACAGUGAGGCCCAAGAUAAACCCACCGCCAACAACAACUUAUGCGCAGAAACACAAAUGCAAAUUAUGCCCCAGUGUUUUUCCAUCUCUAGAACGUCUGAAAUCUCAUCAAUUAUCACACAGCCGCUUGCCGAAAUUUUAUUGCGAUCAAUGUGCAUAUUUUUCGCUGCGUAGUCAAGAUCUAAUGCAACAUUAUAAGACGGAGCAUAAACUAGAGUCAGACAAUCAGCAGUUGUUGGAGCAGUGUAAUACAAUGGAUGUUGGACGUAUAUUUAGCUGCGAUAUGUGCCUGUUUGACACGCCAAGUAGUGGUGAACUACGUCUGCAUUAUAGUGAUAAGCACGCUAUACAGCCAAACGAGGUGCAGCUUCGUCCUAGCUGGAGCAUGGAUGCGGAACCUAAGUAUAGUAACAAAGCCAAUGCAAGGAAUUGCGAGAAUUCGAAUGGCAAGCAGCAACCACAGACACAAACUGUAGCAGACAUACCCAUUGGCAUUAAAUAUCCCAGCAUAUCAACUAUAGCAACAGCAGAAGAGCGUGCAGGAGUAAAUAUUUUGACUGAUGCCGAAAACCAGCAGCAACAAGAGUCGCUGCCGCAACCAACAACUACAGCUGUGGUAACCCCAACUGGAGACAUUAAUGUAAUUGUGGAUGCAACAUCAUUAUUCUAUGCAGUCAACCCAGACAAUAUGUCUGAAACAAAUGCAGCAAGUUCCACUGAAGCAGAAGCACAACAAUUUCAACUGUUUCCCGAGCAAGCGCUCCUAACAGCAUCUACAACAACUACAAGCGAAACUGAGGAAAGUUUGACAACGUUGCCAGGUGCAGCAUCUGAUGUCGCUAAUACUAGCAUCUUUGGCGACAUGCAAGAGUUUAUUGAUAACGCAGAUGUUGCUGCCAUAUGCACUAUACCUGCUGAUGAUAUGCCCGUGGUAGAUGGCGAUGAUAUUGUUAUUGAUAAUAACAACAUAAGCUUGGACUUUGAUACUGAAAAUCUAUUCGAUGAUUUUGAAGGGGACGAAGAGGAUGUUGUUGAAGAUGAGGAGGCUGAAUCUGAAAACGAUGAUGAGAAUGAUAACAAUCUUGUGGCUGCCGAUCAAAAUCUAUUGCUAACCAGCGAUGACGAUGAUCUGGAUGACUUUGAUGAUGAGCAAUCGAAAAAUUUGCAAAAGCCAUAUUGUAUAUUUUGCAAAAAGAAGUUCACCAGCCAAUACAAGUUUGAGAAUCAUAUGUUUAGCCAUCGGGGCUUAGCGCCAUAUCGUUGUGAACUUUGCACCAAUCUCUAUAAUAUGAAACGUCUAUUGAUACGGCACUACAAGACAGUACACAAACGCAUGCCCACCCGAGACAUGGUGCAGGCCAAGGGAGAUAAGGUGUCUGUGGCAAGUCUUGCCAUUGAGAAGCUGCACAUUGAUGCGAACAAACCCCCCAUAGUUAUGUGCGCCCAGUGUCCAUUUGAAUGUGAAGAAGAAGGUCAAAUGCGUAAGCAUUUGAAUGCACAUCAUGGCAUCAACGAUGGGUCUUCUGCACAUGCCAAUGAAGUAUUUAUUAUACGCAAGUUGCCUUAUGAGUGUCCCCGUUGCAUACGCUCGUUUGCUGCCAAACGCACGUUAACUCGGCAUCUGCAGCGUAGUCAUCUAGUGGACACAAUAAUUGAGAUGCAGGCGCCUCAAUUAACCGCCAACACGGAUACUGGAAUCAUUAACAGUCCAUCCGAACAGUGCGAGGAUGCGCAAGUGCAAAACGCGUCUUCACUCCAAAUUGUCGCUGAUAUUGGUACUAGUAGUGAUCCUGACUCAGGCGUUGGUGAUGCAGAUGGCAAAAGCGAGGAGACGUCCAUAGAACCGGUUAUAGCAGGAAGCGAAGUGGAAGAUACGGCAACUCAAUCGGCUGAACACACAUUAAGCACAAGUGAAUGUACCAUAUCAACAACCGGAAUGACUUCAAGUGCAAAAACAGCCGGGUCUUCGCUUUAUCCAACGCCUUUUGACUUUGAACUGGACUUCAUGAGUAAUGGUACGCCCAACACAAAGAAUCCGACUGAUAGCUUUAAUGUUGUCACCAGUGGUUUGUUAAAUGGCAGCGAUAAAUUGCUAUCUGCCGCAUUGGAGUUAUCACCUGCAAAAAAUUUGCGGUCCUCAUUGCCACGGACGCCGAUUUUUGUUUGUAAGCAAUGUAAUCAGACAUUUGAUGAGCUGUCCAAGCUAUCGCAGCAUGAAAUGGAUCAGCAUGCCAAUGAUGACGUGUUGCCGCGCAGUAGCUAUCAACAUCAAUGUAAGAUUUGCAAUACUACAUAUCGUACAGUUACUUUGCUUAAUUAUCACAUGAAGCGGCAUGCGGCACGUAGAUUUGAGUGUAAACAGUGUGCGAAGACAUUUGCGUUGAACGCUGACUUAGAGCAGCAUAUUAAAAUAGAUCAUCGAAAUGUAUAUCCAUUGAAAUGUGGUAUUGGUGGAUGCAAGAAGAUUUUCAACUACAAGCACCACCUUAAACGUCAUCAAACUGCGUCGCAUAAUUCGGUAAAUUAUAUUUGUCCAGAGUGCGGCAAAGACAUGAUGACCAGCCUGCAUUUAAGACACCAUCUGACUAGUCAUCGAAGCAGCCACUUGUACAAAUGUCCAAAGUGCGUCCGCACCUACACAAGACGAAAUCCAUUUAUACGGCACGCACAGCGCGAACAUGAUUGGGAGUUGACUGAGGAUGAUAUAGAUAAAAUGUAUUCCGAAAAUACUGCUAAGAAAGAGCACUCUGAUUAACCAAUCGUCAAUAGCUGAGAAUUCAUAGAGCAAAUGUUUUGUGUUCAACCAAAACACAUAGCUGUAAUUUGUAUAAAAGUUUUUAUAACUGAAGGUCUCACUUUUCUACUUUCAUUAAGUUUGUUCAUUAAGUUAUGCUGAAAUGAUCAUUUUAAAAGCAAACCUACAUACUGUGCUAAGAGGUUUAAAUAUAGUGAGGAUAUUUGUUACGCACCACAUAAAUAAUUUAAGGAUAUUUAUAAAUUGAUCUAAAAAUGUAUGUCCCAGACAUAAGUGAACAUGAUACCACAUACAUAUAUUUGCUGUACUGCGUUUAAACUACAUUAAAACAUAAAAAUGGUUGAAGAAUAUCGUUAUUAAAUUCACUGAAGUCAUUCUAAAUUUUUUUUAUUGCUGAACUGUACUUGAUAUAAAACAUUAAGCCAUAAAUAUAAGACUUUUUUGAAUGUACAUAUACGCCCAAUAUG